AUGAAAUUCUUUCUUUCGUGUUGGGCCGCACUACUGGGUAGCUGUGUCCUUUCCUCUGCUUUUCCCACGGCCGCCAAUGUUGCCAUUCUUGCGCGAUCAGGUGGACUGGACAUCCCUGACGACUUAUCCUUCGAUGACAUCGUUCGUCACGUACAACAUCAACGGGAGAAAAGGCUCCUCAUCAAUCCUUUAGAUACACCAAUUGAGGUUGACGGCGAGCAUGAAUGGCAAGCUCCCGACUUCGAGGCAGGCGCGCAACGAGGUCCAUGUCCCGGACUCAAUGCACUAGCCAACCAUGGGUAUAUUGAUCGGUCUGGAGUGGCAAAAUUUCUCGACGUGAUCGGUGUCAUGAACCAAGUGUACGGAAUGGACGUCGGUCUAUCGACAAUCCUCUCAGUCAUGGGCACCGUUUGGACCGGCAAUCCUCUCUCCUUGAGCCCCGGCUUCUCUCUCGAUGGAUCGUCCCCCCAGGUCCAGAAUCUCCUCGGAAACUUGCUGGGGCUCCUGGGGGAACCUCGAGGCAUUGGAAGGUCACACAAUUGGCUGGAGGCAGAUGCUUCGCUCACUCGCGACGAUCUUUAUGUUACAGGUGACGCUUCCACCAUGAAUAUGGACCGCUUUCUAAAGCUCUACAACCGGCCGGGAGAUGGUACCAACGUCAUUUCAACAGACGACGUGCUGGAGCAUGCGAUCGAUGCUCUCCACGAAUGCAUAGCCACCAAUCCAUACUGUUGGUACGGACCAUAUACCGGGGCCAUUGCUCGCAAUGCUGGAGUUGCCUUUGCUCUUCGAUUGCUGGCGAACCACUCGACGGAGAGUCCUGAUGGAAUCAUGACUAAGGAUGUGUUCAAGUCCUUCUGGGCCGUGGUAGACACCGACGACGGCGAACUCGAGUACAAACGGGGCUGGGAGCGCAUCCCCAACCACUGGUUCAAGAGACCCGUCGACUACGGCCUGGUGCAGCUGAACCUGGACCUCGUGGACUGGUUCGUCAGGUACCCGGAGCUGGCUUCAAUCGGAGGUAAUACUGGGACUGUCAACUCGUUCACACCACUGAACAUCUCUGAUCUUUCUGGCGGUCUACUGAAUGCCGAGACGCUGUUGGAGGGCAAUAACCUCCUCUGCUUCGUACUCCAGAUUGUCAAGACAGUAUCUCCAGACUCUCUGUCCAGCCUCUAUGCAACCUUGGCCAAACCUUUGGAGUUGCUGACCGACGCCCUGGGCUCAGCACUUGAACCUUUGACAUGUGCACCGUUCGAAGAUCUCACGUAUGGGGGACAACCGAUCUGGGAAUCGUUGACGCACAUCUUCGCCGGUGCAGAACGGGCUGGUUCACCAUUGUGA